AUGAUUCCCCCUUCGCUUCUCCCGUCCCGCUUCCGGGGUGAACAGCCGGACAACCGGCCUUCUCCACCGUCCAGGCUAAACAAGAAAGUCGCCUCCAUCAUACAAUGCGUCUCGAAGAUCGCCUACACCCACCCUAUACACACAAUAUGCAUCACCGCCAUCUUAGCUAGCACGACCUACGUCCAAGUCGUCAAGGAAACCUUCUCGGACGCCACCCGUACCACGUCCAGAACGGCCGAAUGGACUUCCUUGGCCGAAGGAAGCAGGCAUCUCAUUGCCGGCCCCGAGACCAGCUGGAAGUGGAACAACUUUGACGUCGCAACCGACCUACCCAACGACGCCGAGCACUUGGCACUGGCUACCCUCAUCUUCCCCGACUCAUCCCCCAACCGCCUCGUGUCUGCGCCUUCUCCGCACACUGUUCCUCUCCCCAGCAAUCUCUCCGUCUCUCAUCUGCCGCUGACCUUUAACAACCCGACCGCCUACUCGCAUGAGAGCGCUCUGGCCUUCUCCAUCAAGUACAGCGAGGCCCCUGAGUUUCUCGCCGCAGUCCAAGAGAUCCCCAGCCUACCUGCCGACUAUGAGUCCCCCGCCGUCAAGUUGGGAGAGACGGAACAGAAGAUGUGGAUCAUGAAGCUCGCCAGGGCUCAUACCAAGAGCAUCGUCGCUCGCUGGUUCCAUGACGCCUGGACCGAGUUCCUCUACCUGCUGAAGAGCGCAGAGACGACCGACAUCAUCAUCAUGGUUCUCGGCUACCUUUCCAUGCAUCUUACCUUUAUAUCUCUGUUUUUGAGCAUGAGGAAGCUGGGAUCCAACGUGUGGCUAGCCACCAGCGUCCUCAUCUCUUCCACAUUCGCCUUUUUCUCCGGCUUGAGUGUGACGACAAAGUACAGUGUUCCCAUCUCCACCGUGCUUUUGUCCGAAGGUUUGCCGUUUUUGGUCGUCACCAUCGGUUUCGAGAAGAAAAUCCUGUUUACCCGUGCCGUCUUGUCGCACGCAGUACAGCACCGCCGUCCCGAGGAGACAUCCACCAACCCUGCCCAGGGGGUUAUCCAAACCGCCGUGCAAAGCGCAAUCAGGGACAGGGGAUACGAAAUCGUCCGGGACUACGUCAUUGAGAUUGGUAUACUUGUUGCCGGAGCUGUUUCUGGCGUCCAGGGGGGUCUGCAGCAGUUCUGCUUCUUAGCGGCCUGGGUCCUCGUUUUCGACUGCCUCUUGCUAUUUACGUUUUACACCGCCAUCCUCUGUAUCAAGUUGGAAAUCAACCGCAUCAAGCGCCAUGCCGACAUACGAAAAGCCCUGGAAGAUGAUGGCGUGAGCCGCCGUGUCGCCGAGAACGUGGCCUCGAGCAACGACUGGGCACUGAACGGCAAGUCCGGAGAGAAUGGACUCUUGUUUGGCCCGGAGGCCCGGAGAGGAAGCGUGCCAAAGUUCAAGUUCUGGAUGGUGGCAGGUUUCCUCGCCGUCAACACCGUCAAUCUUUGUACCAUCCCUUUCCGUACUGCCGGUGUGGCAUCCUGGACUGGUGGGAUAGUGGCGACGCCCCCCGUCGACCCCUUCAAGAUCGCCUCCAACGGCCUGGACGAGAUUCUGUUUAGGGCGAGAGGACUUCAACAGACCACCGUGGUCACGGUUCUGCCUUCUAUCAAGUACGAGCUGGAGUUUCCCUCGGCAUACUACGCUAGCUCUUCGACUCAACACGGCGAUCACAUCGGUGACGACAACAACCACCAUCAGCCUCUCGGGUACGGGUACGGAGUUGGUGCACAAAUGGUUGGCAUCAUCUCCACUAGCCUCGAAAACACAGUCGUCUUGAAGUGGAUUAUCGUAGCCCUGGCCAUGAGCGUGAUUCUCAACGGUUAUCUUUUCAAUGUCGCUCGAUGGGGCAUCAAAGAUACCGACGGCCAACACGAUCCGAACGACCUCCCCAAAGCGGCUGCGACUGAGUCGUUGACCGGUACACGGGGUACUGACUCACGUUCAGGUGAAGCCGAAGAGGCUAUCCAACCGGAAUUUGUGUCUCCUGCUUCGAGCGAUGACGAAGACGAGGCAGAGCCACGCAGAGUCAAUGUCACCCCCCACAGCCAAGCUCAGCUGGACAAACUACUUGCCGAGAAGCGCAUAUACGACAUGACGGAUGACGAGGUCAUUUCACUUUCUCUGCAAGGGAAGAUCACUGGGUAUGGCUUGGAGAGGAGCCUUCGGGAUUGCAGCCGCGCCGUUCGAGUUCGCCGCUCCAUCAUCUCGAGGACCCGCGCGACGACGGAGAAGACUUGGUUUCUCGAACAGUCCAAGCUGCCUUACGAGAACUACGACUGGGAACGAGUUCUGGGCGCCUGCUGCGAGAACGUCAUCGGGUACAUGCCUAUCCCCGUCGGAGUCGCCGGGCCCUUGGUCAUCGACGGCCAGAGCUAUUUCAUUCCCAUGGCCACGACGGAGGGAGUGCUCGUGGCCAGCGUCAACCGAGGCUGCAAGGCAAUCAAUGCAGGAGGAGGCGCCGUCACUGUCCUGACCAGUGACGGCAUGACCCGUGGUCCCUGUGUGGGCUUCGACUCUCUAGAGCGUGCCGGCGCCGCCAAGAACUGGUUGGAUUCCGAGGCUGGGCAGAGCACGAUGAAGGCGGCCUUUGACUCCACCAGCAGAUUUGCGCGUCUGCAGCUCAUGAAGACCGCCAUUGCCGGUACCAACCUGUAUAUCCGUUUCAAGACAAGCACAGGGGACGCCAUGGGUAUGAACAUGAUCUCGAAGGGCGUCGAGUACGCGCUCAACGUCAUGGCCGCCGAGGGGGGCUUUGAGGAUAUGAAGAUCGUCUCGUUGUCCGCCAACUACUGCAUCGACAAGAAGGCCGCUGCCAUCAACUGGAUUGAUGGGCGAGGAAAGGGUAUUGUGGCUGAGGCUAUCAUCCCUGGUGAAGUUGUCAAGAGCGUCCUGAAGAGCAAUGUGGACAGCUUGGUGGAGCUUAACGUAUCCAAAAACCUCAUCGGCUCUGCAAUGGCGGCUUCUUUGGGAGGCUACAACGCCCAGGCCGCCAACAUCGUUGCCGCAGUCUUCAUUGCAACUGGCCAAGAUCCCGCACAGGUGGUCGAGAGCUCCAACUGCAUCACCAUCAUGAAGAAUAUCAACGGUAACCUCCAAAUCUCGGUCUCGAUGCCUUCUAUCGAGGUCGGCACGUUGGGUGGCGGCACCAUCCUGGAGCCCCAGAGCGCCAUGCUCGACAUGUUUGGCGUCCGGGGCUCCCACCCCACGGAGCCGGGCGAGAAUGCCCGCCGGCUGGGACGCAUUAUUGGCGCCGCCGUCCUCGCCGGGGAGCUUUCGUUGUGUUCCGCCCUGGACGCCGGUCACCUUGUCAAGGCUCACAUGGCUCACAACCGAUCCGCCCCGGCCACGAGGAGUACUACGCCCGCCCCCAGAACGAACGGGGCCACGACACCUGUCGGCCUCACCAUGGCAUCGUCUACCGGGGAGAGACAGAAAAACGCUACUGCAUAG